AUGGCUGCCAAAACUACUAUCCGCGUUCCCCACCUUGGAGGCAUCGAUGCUGGCUAUCGUGUCUCAGGCACAGGAAUCGACGCCUCAAAGCCCACCCUCGUCCUCGUCAACUCCAUGUGCACCACCUCAUCCCUCUUCAACCCUCAGUUCGACACAAAAGAACUCACAGAUGCCGUCAACCUUCUCGCCAUCGAGCCUCUCGGCCACGGCGCCACAAGCGUCAAGUCAGAGCAUUUUACUUACUGGGAUUCCGCUAUCAUGAACCUUCAGGUCAUGGAGGCUCUUGGCGUUGACAAGGCUUUUGCUCUGGGUACCAGUGCUGGUGGCUGGAUCGUUGUUCGCAUGGCUCUUCUUGCCCCUGAAAAGAUCCUCGGCGUACUGCCACUCGGUACUUCCAUGGACUACGAGUCCUCAGUCUCUCGCGAGAAAGGAUGCUGGGACCCAAAGACCCAACUCGGUCCCUUCUACGAAAGCUGGAGCAGUCCAACUCCCACACCCGACUUUGUCGUCCCCGAAGUCUGGCGCGGUCUAGUAUCAUCCGUAGGCUUCGGCAGUGACCCAUCCCCCGAGCUCCUCUCCUUCUGGGACGAGACGCUCAAGCAGGUAUACAGCGGCGACGAGGGCCGCAAGAAGCUCCGCAUCGCUGUAGUUAACCUUUUCGAACGGGACGGUCUUUUGCUCCGCCUCCGAGACGUCAAGUGUCCUGUUUACUGGCUCCAGGGUACUGCGGAUCCGGUCUUUGGAACGACUGUUCCAGCUGAGCAUAUCAAGCUGUUUACUUCCAGCCCUGAAGCCACGCUUGACUUUGUUGAGGGCGGUGGUCAUUACUUGAGUGCUACCAACCCCAAGGAGAUUAACGAGGCUAUUCUUAAGAUGAUUAACAAGUACGCUUAA